AAAAAAAUUAAAUAAAUGAAUAAAUGCAAAAAGCGGCGCCGAGGGCGCGGCCCGCGAUGUUCAACGCGCUGAACCUGCGCGAGUUCUGCUCGGGGCCGCGCGAGGAGCGCGGGGGCUCCGCCGGCGGUGGCGACCUCGGGGACGUCCCGGGCGAGUUUUACUCGCGGAGCUGCGGCCGCUGCGCUCCCGGGGCCGCGCUCGGGGCCGCGCUCGGGGCCGCGCUCGGGGCCGCGCGCGGGGAGCCCGGCGCGUUCCCGGCCGCCCCGGGCGGACGCGCGGCUCCUUACGCGGCCGAGCGGAGCGGGGGCUCCGCGGGGCUCUACUCGGCGGAGGAGCUGCUGCUCAAGGGUGACGGCUGCCUUCAUCACCUUCAUCAUCGUCACCAUCAUCGUCACCUUCAUCACCAGCAGCAGCAGCAGCAGCAGCAUCCUCACCUUCAUCGCCAUCCUCAUCCUCCCUGCGCGGCUCCGCCGCUUCCUCCUCCUCUUCCUCCUCUUCCUCCUCCGCCGCUUCCUCCUCCUCUUCCUCUUCCUCCUCCGCCGCCGCCGCCGCAGCCCGCGGGGUUUUACGUGAACAAAAGCUCGGUUUUACCGCAAGGUUUCCGCACGUUCCUGGAGAGCCCCGCGUUAAGCGCGGCUCAAAACGCGCCCAAAGCGGCCGAGGAAGAGGAGGAGGAAGAGGAGGAGGAGGAGGAAGAAGGAGGAGAAAACACCAAGCGCGGUUCGGCCUCGGCGUCCUCAUCGUCCGCAGCCAAGGAGAGCCCCAAGAGCGGCGCUGCCACCGCUCCCCGUCCCCGCAAGAAGCGCUGUCCCUACUCCAAAUUCCAGAUUCGGGAGCUGGAGCGCGAAUUUUUCUUCAACGUUUACAUCAGCAAAGAGAAGCGGCUGCAGCUCUCGAGGCUGCUGCACCUGAGCGACCGCCAGGUGAAAAUCUGGUUCCAGAACCGGCGCAUGAAGGAGAAGAAACUGAGCCGGGACCGCCUGCAAUUCUUCUCCGGGAACCCCCUCUUGUGAACCCCAAAAUAAAAUAAAAAGGGAAUAAACUGGGCCAGGAUUUAAAAAAUAAAUAAAUAAAAAAAUAAAAUAUAACGGGGAAAUAUUGAAAGGAGAUGUGAAAAUAUCCGGGUGGGUAAAAGUGGGGGUGAAGGAGGGUGAAAAAUGGGGAAGGGGGAAAUGAGAUUUUAAAAGAAAGAAAAAAAAAAAAUUAAUUAAAUAAUUAAUUAAUUAAUUAAAUAAAUAAAUCCCCGCGGGAGUUGUGAGAAAUUAGGAGUGAAAUGUUUGGGAAUGAUGGAGUUAAAAAAAAAAAAAUAAAUAAAAUAAAUAAAUAUAUAUAUAUAUGUGUGUGUGUGUGUGGUCAGAAUGGUGUUAAAAGGGUUUGGGAAUAGUAGGAAAGUAUCCAAAACAAAAAGAAAUAAAUUUUUAAAAAAAUGAAGGAAAAGGUAAAAAAUAGUCAGGAAAAUAAUGGAAAAGUAGCAGGAAGAAUAACGGGAAAAUCCUCAGAAAAAUAAUAGAAAAAUCCCAUUAAAAAUCCUCAAAAAAAUCCCGCAGAAAUCCCACGAAAAUCCUAAAAAAUACCACAAAAAUACCAUAAAAAUCCCCAGGAAAAUACCCCAAAAAUACCCCAAAAAUCCCACAAAAAACCCUGAAAAAAUAACACAAAAAUCCCCCCCAAGAUCCCCCCCAAAAUCCCCCAAAA